AGCUCGUGAUCAGUCCUCGUCAUAAAUUCUACCAAUUGUGUGUGUGGCGGCUUACAAUUCUGUAGUUUCAUCUAUAAAAAAUAAAUGCAACAUAUGUUUAAUUAAAAUUAUGAAAAAAAAUUAAACAAAAUUGUAUUAUACUACAAGUUGCGUAAGAUUUCAGUCUGAUGGUCCUCAAGAACCUCCGUAUGGGACGUGUAAUCAACGUUGUGGGUAGCAGAACAUUUGCAAAUGGAGGCGUGAAAGCUAGGAAGCUACCUACUAAAAUAACCAGCCAUAAAAUAAAUAUGUCAAUAACAAAGUCACUUGGGGUCUUAUGUCUAUAAUUUGUGGCUAGCGAAUAACGAAUUGCGUGACAGGCGAAUACAAGUAUAGCAAAAAUAAUUAAGUAUAAAAACAUUUAAACGGUGCGCAAACGGCCUCGCUCCUCGCUCAGUAUCGCGGCAUCAGCUGGACGUGCUCGCCGCCAUUUUAUUUGUGUUGAGUUUUAUAUUUCGUUAUAAUGUCUCAACAAGGGCCGGCUUUUGAUGUGAACGCAAUGACCUUAACCCGAUGGGUUUUGGCACAACAAAGAACGGCUCCAGAAGCUACCGGAGACUUAACACAACUUCUGAAUUCCAUACAAACAGCAGUCAAGGCUAUAACAUCUGCCGUAAGAAAAGCUGGAAUCGCUAAACUGCAUGGAAUAUCUGGCGACACAAACGUGCAAGGUGAAGAAGUAAAAAAACUGGAUGUUUUAUCAAAUGACCUCUUUAUUAAUAUGCUAAAGUCUUCCUUUACGACCUGCCUUCUCGUUUCCGAAGAAAAUUCUUCAGUUUUACAGGUGGAGACUGAAAGACGCGGCAAGUAUGUGGUCUGCUUCGACCCUCUUGACGGUUCCUCGAAUAUAGACUGUUUGGUUUCAGUUGGCUCAAUUUUUGCCAUUUACAGGAAAGUUUCAAGCGGCGAACCAACAGAGGCCGACGCCCUAAGGCCUGGCAACAAUCUGGUCGCUGCUGGGUACGCGCUGUAUGGUUCCGCAACCAUGAUGGUUCUGUCCAUAGGAAAAGGAAAAGGUGUCAACGGGUUCAUGUACGACCCCUCUAUUGGAGAGUUCAUUCUAACCGAUCCCAACAUGCGGAUACCAGACAAGGGCAAGAUUUAUUCCAUAAAUGAAGGAUACGCAGCAGAAUGGUCGGACGGUUUAAAGAAUUACAUAGAAGAGAAGAAGCGACCAAAGACAGGAAAAGCGUACGGCGCGCGGUAUGUUGGCUCUAUGGUUGCUGACGUGCACAGGACUAUCAAAUAUGGCGGGAUAUUUAUGUAUCCUGCAACCCAGUCUGCGCCUAAGGGGAAGCUCCGCCUACUCUACGAGUGCAACCCCAUGGCGUUUAUCGUGACGGAGGCGGGCGGGCUCGCUACUAACGGCUCGCAGCCCAUCCUGGACAUCAAACCCACUUCCAUUCACGAACGAGCGCCUUGCUACCUCGGCUCAAAACUUGAUGUUGAGGAAUUGUUGAAGUUUCUUAAUUGAAAACUCUUUUUGUUAAGGCUGAUUUACGAAGAGCUUAUUAAAAUGGAUACUAUUUCACAUUAUCACUAAAUGAGUCAAAAUGUACUUUAAAAUAUUAUAUAUACCUAUUUGUCAAAUGUGUAGUCAAUUCCUUUUGAUUUCAUAGAAAAAGGAUUUUAUUUUUAAUUAUAAUUUAACACAACUAAGAGCAUCUAAGCAAAGAAUUGAAUAUAUAUUAUAUAAACGAAAUCUAAAUUUUGUUAGUGUAAAAAAAAAUACAAUAUGUUCAAAGAUUAUUAAACUUUAUUUAUAUACAA